AGAAUAAAGAGAAAAGGGUAGAGCUUUAUAUAGGAAGAAGCAAACACAACAGAGCUUUAGCAGAGUCCCAACGAUCUCAAAGUUCCCCUCUUUCUUUCUCUCCAUCUCCCUCCUUCACCAAAGUGUUCUUAGCUUUCUUAUUUCAAGGAGAGAGAGUGUGUGUGUGUGUGUGUGGAUCUCUCUCAUUCAAUCUCCUUGUCAAGAGCUUCCAGCCGCAGAGAACGGACCCUGAGAGAGAGAGAGAGUUUCAAAGCGUGGAGUCGUUUAGACGUCUGAUCAGCAGAUCCUCCUUUCGCAUGAUGCCGUCGUUUCAACAUCUUUCAGUGGCUGGUGACAUCUGAAAAUCUCAGUGGCAGAGAGAGAGAAAGCAAUCGAAUUUGAUUUAGCGAGCUCCGAGUUUGUUUAUAUUUGUAGUUUCAAGUGACAGUGUGGAACUACUGUAGCUUAAAAGAUUUGAGAAAGUGUGUGUGUUUUUGUUUUAAUUCCCAGGUCGAAUUGAAACUUGGUGAGAGAGAGAGGGGAGGGAGGGAGGAAGAGAGAGAUGCUGACGUGUAUAGCUUGUUCGAAGCAGGCAAACACCAAUAAUGGCGGAUCUAAAGAUGCAGAAGAAGAAGAUGAUGAAAGAGUUCUUGGAACACCCAGGUCUAAGCAGGCCGUUAAGUCCCUGACGUCACAGAUAAAAGACAUGGCAGUAAAAGCAUCAGGUGCUUACAAAAGCUGCAAACCGUGUUCGGGUUCUUCAAACCGGAACCACCACCGCCGUGAUUCAGAUGCUGCAUCAGCUUCUGGGAGGUUCCAUUAUGCGUACAAGAGGCCUGGAAGAAGCGGAAGCGGAAGCUCUACACCAAAGAUUCUUGGGAAAGAUAUGGAGUCAAGGCUAAAAGGUCUCUUGAGUGGAGAAGGAACACCUGAAUCAUUGAGUGGCAGGUCAGAGUCUUCUACAGUGUUCUUGGAGGGAGAAGAUGAUGAUGAGCCUAAAGAAUGGGUUGCUCAAGUGGAGCCUGGUGUCCUCAUCACUUUUGUUUCCUUGCCUGAGGGAGGCAACGAUCUCAAGCGUAUUCGUUUCAGUCGUGAGAUGUUUGAUAAACGGCAAGCUCAAAAAUGGUGGGCGGAGAAUUUCGAAAAGGUAAUGGAGUUAUACAAUGUGCAGCAGUUUAAUCAGCAGAGCGUCCCGUUUCCAACUCCUCCUACAUCCAAAGAUGAGAGCUCUACCAAGAACGGUCCUGCAACUCCACCUCUAAACAAUGAAUGCCCUCGAGGAAACGGCUACGCUUCUUCCGGCUCAUCACAGGCUCACCAACCAACAACAACACAAAGACAGAACCAGUAUCCAAGUGAUUCGUCUGGUCUCGCGACUACGCCAAAACCCUCUAGCAUAAGUGGCACCAAAACCGAGACGUCAUCGGUUGUUGGGUCUGCAAGAAGUAGUGGUAGCUCAUCAAGAGAAGAAGAAGAUGUAGAGCAGUCAGAGGAGGUCUCAGUAAGUAAUGCAAGUGACAGCGAAUCAGAAUGGGUAGAACAAGAUGAAGACGGUGUUUACAUCACAAUCAGAGCUUUACCAGAUGGGACACGCGAGCUUAGACGCGUUCGCUUCAGUCGAGACAGGUUUGGGGAAACGAAUGCAAGAUUGUGGUGGGAAGAGAACAAAGCUCGGAUACAACAGCAGUACUUGUGAUGCUCUCUGCAAGACUCUUUCACAGCAAAACCAAACACUUUUAGAAAAAAAUGUUUUACUUGCAGACAUAUUGAUAGAAAUAAACUGUUUGGUUUGAGAUAACGCAUGUGUUUUUUUAUAUAUAUAAUUGGUGGUCUUUUAGAUCUCCUCUCUUCAUUAGA